UUACAAAACAAACCCCUUUCCAUUUCAAAAUUUCUACAAACCCUAGUCCCCAAAUUCGCUCCCUCUGUCCACGAAUGUUCAGAUUUCAGGAACAAGAAUCAAGUUUGACCUCAGAACUCUAAUGUUAUCCCAACCCCGAAACAGCGACGCGGCGGACCUCCAAGAAGCUGCAGAAGAGGAAGAGGUGCUAAAGCUAGAAGAAGAAAUAGAGCAAAUGGCUCAGAAAGCACUCGAGUACCGCACCACUCUGCCGGAUCAACUUAUCUCCACCCUCUCCUCUCUUCUCGCCUUUCAGAGACCCGUUUUACCCACCUAUUUGAUCGACGAAGUGGCGGAGCCGGAAACCCGAACGCCUCCCGCGCCGGAUUCGGAAGCUGGUGUCAGCCAAGGUGCGGCGAGGGAGGACAUGGGCUUGUCAGCAACAGACGGUCCAGAGGAAGCUGAGAAAAUACAACUCCUCAAACAGAAGAUUUCAAGUAAUGCUUCUGCACUGCCUGUUAUCUUGAAUAGGAUGAAACAAUAUAUGGCCAGGAUUGAUAAGUUCGAGUCGUCCAGUGGAAUUAUCCAUCCUGCCUUUAAAAGAAAACGGAACAGUUGAUUGAGUUUGCGAUUGGCUUUUAUUUGACUUGGACUGCAUGUUUUGUUACGCUUGUCUGCCCGACCAAUGUAUGAUUAUCUCUGAGCUAGAUGGAGUGGAUGAUUGACCAACGUAACACUCGCAAAACUGGAUGUAUGAAUCAUGCUUGUCCGUAGUUAGCUAUAGGCAGUAAUUUAAUAUGCAACACAGAUGGUCUUUUGAUGCGUUUUAGGUUUAGUUGAUGAUGAUCUAGUGAAAGGAAGCAUAUGGAGUACCAUCUGGAACACUCAUACUCUUUCUUGUCCCUAACAUGUAAGCCUUCUGGAAAAGCUGCUGGACCUCAUGUUAGAACAAUAUCAUUUGAACCAGCAAGAGGUUAAAUUGAAUUUGGCAGAAAAGCUGUAGUAGUGAAACAACAUUAUCACAAUGAUUA